GCCGCUGCUCCGCCAGGCUGCUCGGCGGGGCGGGGCGGAGCAGAGGAGCGCCCGGCAUGUCGCAAGGGCUCCUGACCGACAGUAGCGUCCUGCAGAGGAGCGUCGCGGCGCCUGGGAAUCAGCCGCAGCCGCAGAGUCCUGAGGAUGAUGACAGGAAGGUCCGAAGGAGAGAAAAAAACCGAGUUGCUGCUCAGAGAAGUCGGAAGAAGCAGACCCAGAAGGCUGACAAACUCCACGAGGAGUACGAGUGCCUGGAGCAGGAAAACACCAUGCUGCGGAAGGAGAUCGGGAAGCUGACUGAGGAGCUACGGCACCUGAGCGAGGCGCUGAAGGAGCACGAGAAGAUGUGCCCGCUGCUGCUCUGCCCCAUGAACUUUGUGCAGGUGCCUCGGCCGGACCCUGUGGCCAGCUGUCUACCGCGAUGAAGCCCGAGGACGCUCCUCCUCUGCUGAGCGAGGAGCCUUGAUCAUUUCCACACCUGGGGGAAGAGGUUCCCUCUGCGUCUGUGUGCAGGGUCACCUGUGGCCAGGAGCUCCAGGGCCAGUCGUGGCCUCCGCAGCCUGGCUCAGGGUGGCAACCUGUAGGCACCUGACUCUUCGUCCUGGAGCAGUAAGCAGAAAGGCCACCAGCUGAAAGGCCAGCCUCAGGAGUCACUUCUCAUCUGCUUUGGCAGCUAGUAGGUUUCUGCAGGAUCAUUUCCUCUAGAAUUGGGAUAACAAUAAAGAUGAAUAUUGUCUCUCCUUUC